AUGAAGAGGAUACUUUACACCUUGAUAUGUUUUAUUUGUGGUUUUACCUUGUUUCUACGCUUAAUAUUUCACCAAUGGUUAUCAUUUUCUGUUGUCAAUAACCCAAUGUCCCACCCUAGAAUUGAUUCGGAACUUGUAUUAUUCAUUACAAAUGAAUUAUCUCGACUAUUAAAUCCAGACAUUCCAACAGUGGAAGAUGUCGGUGAUACUGUAGAGAGAGCUUGGUUUAAACAUGAAAAAGAAUUUUGUCAAAAAGUUUUGAAUGGUACUCAUCAUUUGUUCAAUAGUGAAGGAUGUCUAAAUAGUUGUCACAUUUCAAAUCAACCAUUUACUCGACGUAAUGUCAUUAUUAUACCAUAUCGAAAUCGUGCAGAACACUUGAUGAGAUUAAUUCCACGUCUGGUUGAAUUACUGACAAAACAGAAUUUAUGUUAUUUGUUAAUUGUUUCUGAACAGAUUGAUCAACAGCCAUUUAAUAAGGGAAUAGUAAUGAAUACUGCAUUUGUGGAAGCAUUGAAUUGGUUGCCGUUUCAUUGUGCAAUAUUUCAUGAUGUUGAUCUCAUGCCAAUGAACAAUGAAGUUGAUUAUACCUGCUCAAUCUAUCCUAAACAUAUAAGUGUAAGCGUGGAUAAGUUUCAAAACAGGCUCCCUUACAUUGAAUUAAUUGGUGGUGUUUUAUCCAUUCCACUUAAAGUCUUUCUUCGUGUCAAUGGGUAUUCUAAUUUAUUUUGGGGUUGGGGUGCAGAAGACGAUGAUAUGUACGAGAGGCUUAUGAUAAAUGAAAUUCCUGUUAUACGUCCUGAUCCAAAUGUAGCACAAUUCACAAUGCUCAAACAUAAACCAAGUCUUGCAUUUCAUUCAGCCUUAAGAACUCAAAUAUUAUCCUUCACAAAAGUCAGAUAUCGUCUUGAUGGAAUCAAUAGUUUAAAUUACACGCUUGUUAAAUCACAAAUAAAAUUAUAUAAUCAAUUCCACAGUUUAUUAAAUAACCAUAAAGUAACUAAAACAAUACAUUUUUCACAUGAAAACAACACUUUCAGAUCAAAUUCAAAAUUAAAUUAUCCAAUUUUGCAUUUAAAAAUCGAUGUUGGUAAGCCUCCAGUUGAGUUUAUUAAGGAAGACAAUUCUACAUAA